UUUAUUUUCUUGUACACUAUUCAGUCGACAUCGAACGGUGUAAAGCUCAGCACGUAAAAGUUUAUUCGUUAAUGCGCAGAGCAUGAUUGAAAUGUGUAAUUAAAUUCCUCGAAAAACAAAAAAAAAAGACGAACGUAGACAACAGUUAGUUAAGAACGACGUCGAAUAAACUUUGGUGACAGGUGGAAAAUAAAGGCAAAGAAACGUGAAAAAUAAGACAAGUAGCGGUGAACAUUCAUUUAACAUGACUUCAACAUAUGAACGCAUAAAAAAUGAGUGCAAACGGAAAGGUCAAUUGUGGGAAGAUCCAGACUUUCCCGCCGUUCAAACAUCUGUUUUUUAUCAUCAAACACCCCCAUUCACAUUCCAAUGGAAAAGACCACACGAACUGAAUCCACAGCCAAUCUUUGUAAACGAUGCAAAUGCAUACUUUGACAUUGCACAGGGAAAGAUGGGUGACAGAUGGCUCGUGUCAUGUCUCGGAAUUCUUUACCUUUCAAAAGGCUUAUUUUACCGCGUUGUGCCAGCUGACCAGACUUUUGAUCAACCGUACUACGGUGUGUUUAGAUUUCGUAUUUGGUGGUGUGGUGAAUGGCAGGAAGUUCUUGUUGAUGAUAGAUUACCGACAAUUAACGGCAAAUUGGCGUUUCUUCAAUCGCAACACUCAAAUUCAUUCUGGCCUGGCCUUCUUGAAAAAGCUUAUGCAAAACUUCACGGAUCAUAUGAAGCUUUAAAGUAUGGAACACUUCUCGAUGGCUUGGCAGAUUUAACCGGUGGAAUCACUGAAAGUCUUCAAAUGAAACUACGAGAUCCAUUGGCAGACUCAUCAUUCGGACAAACGAGUGGAUACAAUGGUGAUUGGUCUUCAUAUUCAAAUCAGUGGGAACGCGUGUCAAUUCAAGAACGUGAUCGACUUCUUGGACAACUCGAUGUUGGAGAGUUCUGGAUGGCUUUUGUUGAUUUUAUUACAAACUUUACUCAUCUUGAAUGCGUUCAUUUAGAUUCAGAUACAUCACGUGAUGAACCUUCGUUGGCUGAUAAAAAUCGGAGAUGGUUAAUGAGACUUUAUCAAGGUAGUUGGAAGCGUGGUGUGUCAGCUGGUGGAUGUAGAAAUAAUCCGGAUACAUUUCAUAUAAAUCCACAAUUGCAACUUAGUUUAAAUGAGCGAGAAGAUGUAAUAAUAUCGCUUAACCAACACAGUGUCAUGGAACCAAAAGUGAUUGGAUUCACACUUUACAGUCUAAAUAAUCUACAAUCACAAGCAAAUAAGAUUACCGAGUGCCUACCGAAAACUUUCUUCAAGAAACAUAAAUCACUACUCAAUUCACAAUAUACGAAUUCUCGUCAAAUCAGUCAACGAUGCUCGUUAGAAGCUGGUAGAUAUUUAGUUAUGGCAACAACAUUUGAACCAGCUGAAGAGUCGGCAUUUAGUGUUAGAGUACUUGGUGGAUCAAUUCGAUUAGCAUUGUUAGAGACUCAAACGAUGUUAUUGCUUGAUCCAUUCCAAACAAUUGGAACUGGUUCGGGAUCGUUGUCAGGUUCAUCAUAUAAAUUGAAUCAGGCUAAUGAUGAAAUUUCUAGUGUAACAAGCGGAACUGCACAAUAUGAGCCCGUCUUUUUCAACUUGCUGAUGAUCACAAGUAAAACUUUUCGACAUUUUUUUUUGGAAAAAAAAUAUUUAAACAAUGCAAUUUUCACUUUCAGAACAAUCAACUGCUUCGACCUCCAAGAAUUACUUGAAGCAUGUCUACCGAAUGAUUACAUUCGAAGUUGUGCCAAUCUUGAUGUUUGUCGUCAAAUUAUUUGCCUUAUGGACAAGCAAAAUCGCUCGCGAAUAACAUUCAAUGACUUUAAGCUCUUUAUGAUAAAUUUGAAGACAUGGCAGGGAGUGUUUAAGAUGCACACGAAAGAGAAAACAGGAAUCUUGAGAGCAGAAAGAUUCAGAGAUGCCCUUUGUGAUGUUGGAUUCCAACUUAGCACUGACAUCCUCUCAAUACUCAUUUUAAAAUACAUGAGGCGCGAUGGUACAAUGAGAUUAGCGGAUUUUGUUUCGGCAAUUCUCCACUUAACGAUGGCUUUCGAGUUGUUCAAAACUAAAGACAUAAAUCAAGAUAAUCAGAUCAAAAUGGGACUGAAUGAAGUAAUGGAUCAAGUCGGUGUUGAUUUGUUAAGUGAAACAUUUGAUGAAAUGUUGUCAAAAAAAAGACAUUAAACUGGAUAUUAUAUUUUACGUACUAAAGUCAAGCGAUGUUUCAUGAAUAUCUUUUUGAUAAAAGCAACCAUUUAACAACACAACUUGACACAAAUGUUUGUUGCAUAUUUAAAUUAUUCGAUUGAGAGUUGAAUGAGAGAACCUCUUUAUGAGUUGAAUUUGUGCUGUAAAUUAUUUAAAUAAAUAUAUUUUAUUUUUUAAAAAAAGGUUUAAA